AUGUUUAAAAAGUUGGCCCCCAUCGAGGCUCUUUCUAUCAACAAGGCAAGUCCUCAAAAUCGGUUACAGUUGACCCACAUUAAAGAUCCCCCUACAUUAGACAACGAAACUAAAAGUUCCAGGAUUACUUCAUUAACAAGCAUGUGGAGUGAUACUACUUAUCCUGAGAAGAAUGAGAAGGUUGGUAUCAGAAGACUCGCAAGAGCCUGUACCAAAUCAUUGAGUCAAUGGAAUAGUGGAGUUCUUAAUUCCGAAGACGAACGAAACGACUUAUCUACUCGUUAUUCAAGAAAUAGCUAUUUAUCUAACCGGUCACUCCUUGAAACAGAUUAUAAGAAGCUUGCUCAUGUGGAAAAGAAACAUGAAAAUGAACUAGAACUCAGAAGAUUGAGAAAGCUUCAUUUUGAUAGACCUACUUCUACUGGUGACUCAAUAGGUAAACAACAGAGAAAGGCAUUGGGUAUCUCUAAACCCUCGUUAGAGAAUAUUGCCAACAAUUCACUAAGGGAACCGAAAUCCGAUGUGAAUAAGACAUCCAGGAAACCCCUGGAUUCAUUUCAACCCAAGAGAGUAGUAGUUAUCAAAGACGUAAUUACAGCCUGUGGUGCUAAGAGUAUCGUCUCGCAAAUAUGCGGUGGACCAUUGGAACGGAUAGUGUUCCAUGAACAUAAAAACGGCUUAAUGAUGGAACUAUACUUUAUCUUUCCCGAACACGCCAAAAAUUUCUAUAACUUUGGUUCAAAUACAGGCUUAUUAAUCUUAAACGGAGAACGCUUGUCCUUAGAAUGGGCCAACAGAACUAAUACAAAUGAAGUUGAACAUUGCCACCCAUUCGUUCCAAAAUAUUUGAUGCACGAAAUUAAUUAUUAUGGAGCCCGAAGAUGCUUGAUAUUCUCUAAGACCGUACCAGAUAAGUUAACUAGACGCUCACAUACAAUGCAUUAUCCGUCUCCAAGGACACAUUUAUCGAGAGACCUCGAUAUUGAGGAGAUUAGGAAGGAUUUCGCAGCCUUUGGUGAAAUAAUUGAUAUUGCAUCCGUAAUAUCAAGAAAACUCUGUUUCUGUUUACAUUUUGCAGAUAUUAGAUCAGCCAUAUUAGCUAAAAAGGAAUGUGAACUUGAAGGUAGUUUAUUCUAUUCAAAAUAUAAUAAUUGGUCAAUUUGGUAUGGAAAGGAUCCAACGGAUAAACCGUGUCUUUCAGUGUAG